AUGAGAAGAUGGCCGAGACCCUGGCUGUUGUCUCAUCUGCGCCAAAGUCGUGUCUUUCAACGACGGUGCUUCCAUCAUGACCGCGCGCCUGAUGUCGAGUCCAUCGACGUGGCUUGUCGCUCCUCGGGGACUAUCACACUAGAGUCCGUCUCCUUCUAUCCAUCAGACUAUGGUGUCAUUUCUAACGCAACGCACAGCCUGCACAAUUUCAACCGUCAUCCUGUCACGACCCCGCUGGUCUUGUAUAUACCGCCCUUCUCACCAACCCCGGGAUAUCUGGCCGCCGUCCCGGGGUUCCUCACCCCUUACCCAACGGCCGUCAUCAACUACCGAUGGUCCCCGUCCCCGGUCUCCACCUCUCCGGAAUCCGACCACGGCCCCGACUUCAACUUCACCACGCCUCUCACAUGGCCCACCCCAUUGCACGACGUCCUCACCGGCUACAACUGGAUCACAGACAACCUCCUUCCCCUGGGCACCACAUCCCGCCGCGACAUCUACGUGUACAGCUCACACGCCGGCGCCAGCAUCGCCGCCUCCCUAGCCCUCACCGAGUCCCACCACCACGAGCGCAUGGCCGUCCGCGGACUGGUAGCCUGGAACGGCAUCUACAACUGGUCCAUGUUCCUCCCGGACCACAAGGUCAACAAGCCCUCCACCCCGCGCAGCAAGAAGCUCCCGCCGCGGCCCGAGGACGGCUCAGCACUGCAUGCGCUGCAAAUGAGGAUGCCCGACCUGUUCCGCGCGCCCGUGGACCUCCUCGACCCGUUUGCGAGCCCCAGCUUCUUCUUCCAGACGGCCGGCAUGAACGCGCCGUCGAGCUUCGUGCAGGCGGCAGCCGUGUCGUCGCUUCUGGAACGGCUCUCCUCCGUCACGUCGGACGUGAAGCCGGCCGAUAUCCUGGGCGUCGCGGAAGGGCUAUUUCCGGCGCCGAGGCGGAGCGCGCUUGUGUUUCCACCGAGAAAGUCGACGCUCAAGCUGCCUUCGGUUUUGUUACUUCAUGACACUCCAACGGAGCCAGUGGCGAAACGUAAGACGACGACGAGGAAACGCAGCAUGGCGUCGUCCAUGGCUAGUGAACUUGCUUCCAGGACGGCGGCGAGGAAGCGAAAGGUGGCUGGGCACACUUUUGAAGCCCAGGCGACGGAGCUGGCGGGGUUGAUGAGGCGGAGCUUGGAGAAGCUGGAGUUCAAGUCGAGGAUGGAGUGGGAUGAGGAGUUUGAUGAGGUCGCCGAGGCCGAAAGGCGGGUGGCUGUCGUUGAGGUUGGCGAGAAUGAAGGGCUUGAGCUUGGUGAGCGCGGGCAGGAUGCUAUUGCGGAGUGGUUGGAGGACAGGAUACGUUUGUGA